AUGGAUCGGUCCAGCUACCCGAGGGAAAGGCUGCUGCAGGAGGUCUCAUUCGAGACCAUCUGGGUAAUGGCCUUGCCGCCUUUGUAA